AUGUGGCUUACAUUUCAUGUUACAUGUCGUUCAGCUGGUUCAGUGAUCCUGGAGAGUCCGGUCCUCCCUGUGGCCGACGGAAAAGCUGUGACGCUGCGCUGCAGAAGUAAGUCGACUUCCACCAACACCUUGGCCGUUUUCUAUAAAAAUGGCCAUCUUGUGAAGAGCUUUCCUUCGGGAGAGAUGACCAUCCACAGUGUUUCCAAAUCUCAUGAAGGACUCUACAAGUGCAACAUCUCAGGUGUUGGAGAGUCAACGGAGAGCCGGCUGGCUGUCAGAGCACGUACCGUUUCUGUCACCCCUCAAAAACCUCAUGAAGACCCCCACUCUGGCGACUCCAACGGCCGUCAUGUCUCCAUCCUGCUGUGGAUCGCUGUCACCAUUUUAAUCACGGCUCUGCUGCUGGUGGGGCUCCUUAAUAUAAGGAAACACAGAGUUUCCAAGAAACCAACAGCAACAACAAGCUCAGGUGAGGAAAAUCAAAAAG